CCGCGUCUGCACAGUAUCCCAGAGCAAUUAAUUUCGCUUUUGAUUUCUUCUUUCCACUUUACGCGCUCUGCCCUGCUGUCUUGCCUUGCCUCGCCCACCAUCAUAACCAAUGGCCACCGAACUCACCCCCUCCAAGCAGGCUGCCUCUGCCAUUGACUCGUUCAAGAUCGAGUCCCCCGUCAAGAAGAUCAACUUCGACGCUGCCAACAAGGAGAACCAGCCUCUCGACGAGUCCGCUCUCGAGAGCCUUGCCAAGCAGAUGGACGACAACCACAAGCCCUCCGAGACCCUCAAGAAGGAGGAGGCCAAGCCCGCCGUGGCUCCCACAAUCAAGCCCGAUGAGGUUGACGAGCCCAUCCUGCAAGAGAACCCUCAGCGCUUCGUCUUGUUCCCCAUCAAGUACCAUGAGAUCUGGCAAAUGUACAAGAAGGCCGAGGCUUCCUUCUGGACCGCCGAAGAGAUUGACCUGUCCAAGGAUCUGCACGACUGGAACAACCGCCUGAACGAUGACGAGAAGUACUUCAUCUCUCACAUCCUGGCCUUCUUUGCCGCCUCUGAUGGCAUUGUCAACGAGAACCUGGUCGAGCGCUUCAGCGGCGAGGUCCAGAUCCCCGAGGCUCGAUGCUUCUACGGCUUCCAGAUCAUGAUGGAGAACAUCCACUCCGAGACCUACUCCCUGCUCAUCGACACCUACAUCAAGGAGAACAGCCAGCGCAACUACCUCUUCAACGCCAUUGAGACUAUCCCUUGCAUUCGCAAGAAGGCUGACUGGGCCAUCAAGUGGAUCCAGGACAAGAACUCUUCCUUUGCUCAGCGCCUGGUUGCCUUUGCCGCCGUUGAGGGUAUCUUCUUCAGCGGUGCCUUUGCCUCCAUCUUCUGGCUCAAGAAGCGAGGUCUCAUGCCCGGCCUGACCUUUUCCAACGAGCUCAUCUCUCGUGACGAGGGUCUGCACACCGACUUUGCCUGCCUGCUGCACUCCCACCUCAAGAACCGCGCCAGCAAGGAGGUGAUCCGUGACAUCAUCACUGAUGCCGUCCGGAUUGAGCAGGAGUUCUUGACCGAGGCUCUCCCUUGCGCCCUGCUGGGCAUGAACUCCAACUUGAUGAAGCAGUACAUCGAGUUUGUUGCUGACCGCCUGCUUGUUGCUCUCGGCAACGAGAAGAUCUACAAGUCUUCCAACCCCUUUGACUUUAUGGAGAACAUUUCUCUUGGUGGCAAGACCAACUUCUUUGAGAAGCGUGUUGCCGACUACCAGAAGGCCGGUGUCAUGAACAGCACCAAGAAGGUUGUCGAGGAGGCCGGUGCUGAGUCCAAGGACUCAAACGGCGGUGACUUUUCCUUCGACGAUGACUUUUAAGUCAUGCUCUUCAUAUCCCAACUCUUCUUUUUUUUUUUCUCGCAUUUUUUCUCUCAUCUCUUCACUUUUCUUGCUUCACAAUCGGAAGCUUGUAUAUUUGCAAUAAGAGCCGUCCGCGGGUUGGAUUGGCAAAGACGGCGUUGAAGUAUCACAGUGGUUUUGGGAACUCAUUCUAGGGUGUCCCAUUUUAUUGGUUCAGAGGUUCACACAAACACUGCGGGCGUUUAGGUUAUGCAUUUGGGUUUUUGUUUUGAUGAAUGCGAUGUGCUUCUUCCCUCAGGGGAUGAUAAUUGCGGAACGUGUUGGAUCAUGAUACACUGUAUGGAGUACGUAGCUAUGGAAUAAAUGGCCCAGAGAAUAGAUCUGGCUAAAUGAUG